AGUGCCAUCUCUUUUUGAUGUAAAACAUGCAACUGUCUGCGUUGACUGAAAAUUGUCUGCAAGACAUGCGCAAGACUACAACAGCACUGCAACUUGUAUUAUGAAUUAUGAUCUAUAAUUGUUGACCGAUCUCUGAAUUAUUAAACAGAAUGAGUGUCACAAUAAGUGGACUCCGUCGAGUCAGUUCUCCUCUACAGAUGGUUUUCAGAAAGCUGAAUUGCUGGACAGGUGCGAUAACAAAAAUACACAGAAAGGUGUAUGAAAGGACAUAUCCUACAGUGCUGGUACAAUCCGACGGAAGUAGUAUAAACAUCAGAUAUUAUGAACCUAGACAGAUCAUACAGCUGCCUUUAGAUCUGUCUACUUUAACGGAAGCUGAAAGAAAAGCAAGACUGGCUGCUCGCAGACCGAAAACUAUGAUAAAAAUAGAGGACGAAUUAGAAGAUACUUUCAAUCCAAAAAAGUAUCUCAAGUAUAUUAAAAAGUGAGAAAGCAUCAGCUACUUUGUUAGGCUUAGUCAUCUCUUGUAAUUAAAACCCUUAUAUUUGUCACAUUGUACAUAAAUUUUAAUAUACUCUGUUUAAACUGAA